AAGAAUUCCAAAUGUACGUGCGGUUCCAGAGAACAACUUUAAAAAAAAUCGCGUUUUGUUUCAUUUAAAUUUUAAAGUAAGUUCUAUCGUUCCGUCAUAGAGUUUCUUUAUUUUUUUACUUUUACGUUUGUAAAGAGACGUAUAAUAAGCUGUUUUAAAAAUAUUUUACCACCUUUCCGUAUCGCUUGUUCAUUGUCAUUGUGCUUUCUAUGUAAUUAAUGGCAUUGUUUGGAAAUCCCAUUCCAAAUACUGGAAGAAAGGGUCUGAUCUUAAGUGUGCACAAUGGCAUUGCAGGCGAGGUGGGAUUUUUUUUUUCUGGUUGUCAUGUGGACUUUGUUACGAAAUUUGGAUAAAUGGUUCCAUGCAGUGCAAUUUAAAAGUGCACUCCGUGUAGAGUAAUAAAAUGGGAACUAAAGUGAAAUUUCAAUUGACUCCCGAUAUCAUCACGUUUGAUCCUACAAGGCCGUGUGACAAUCAGUUAAAUCGUUCUAAAACAGUUCCCACUAUGGUCACUUCCUCUGCGCAGCUUCCGGAGAAAGUCAGCAUAAGUGUGGAUGACAUAUACAAUUUAGCAGAACGGGAGCGCUUGUGUUAUUCUGCCAGGGGAAGGCGUAACGCGGUGACAAAAGCACAGAAAAAAGCAUACAAAGUGGACGAAGUCUACAGGUCCCGCCCUCACACCAGCGCCAGCGGCUACAUAGACUCUUACAGAAGAGAUGUCAUCACGCCGACCAAAAGCAUUCGCAGUGAGCCGCUGCCUUCGAGAGUGUCUUCUCGAGCUGGACGAGACUUCGAGGACGAGGAGGAAGCGGAAGUGUAUCCAUUAAACUAUAUCAAUGCCCCUUCCGUCUGUUGUGAGGUUAUUGGACCCCAAGCCUGUGAGGAAUGUCGUAGGGUUCAACGGAGGCAGCACGAGAGAGAAAAAUUCGAGGCUCGAUUUUCGAAUGUAUUGGUGUCCGACCAUAAUAUAACUACCUGUGCUUUUUUACAGCGGUAUCUUCCACAUUUGUCGAAGGAAGAUAUUUUAGUGAAGCUAGCAAGAGGAGAUAUAGCCAAACCUAACGUUUUAUCGCGAUCUCAGAGCUUAUUAGAAAGAAAGUCAACUGAAAAAGACAAUGUUUAUUCGAAACGGUCACGUGAGACCAGUAAUAUUGAACGCGCGAAACAGUCCAUGAUUCAGAAAAAGAUCAAAUCUAUGUUUUUCGUCAAUAUAAUGGAUUUAAACACGAAAAUCAACUCAGGGAGAGUAUCUCGUUCGCUCGGAUUUCACUGCCAACCUUCAACUAACAAGAAAAUUAUACCUGAAUACCAGAGUCCUUUUCCUUCCUUUGUCAGCCCAAGAAAGGUCAGUUUUAUAUCUGAGGCAAGUGGGAAGAAAUUUCAUUACGAGCCUCCUCUUCUUCCGAAGGAAAACCAAAUCCAAGAACCCGGAUUUUUCGCUGGUUCUGAGAGUACGUACGUUUUACCUGAGCGUCUUCCAGAUACCAUUGAAUUUGUUCAAGACGGGAAAACCGUCAAACGAUGUGUCUCAACUUUAUCCGAGAAUGAAAAUGAGGCGGAAGAAAUUUGAGCCAUGUUAACGAAUGAAAACGAACGAAGCGAUUUGGACGAAGAUAAAGCGAUAUAAUAAAUGUCACCAAAACCUAGGAUUAAAGUUAACUUUGUUAUGCUGUCUGUAUCAUUUCAUUGAUUUAUUUUUU